AUGAAGAGGACUUUAACUGACCAUUCAAGCCGCUCUACUGCAGGCUACUUACCAGUCCCACUGUUCAAUCAGAAAAAAAGGAACAGGCAACCACUCACUUCAAACCCACUUAAAAAUGAGCUAUGUACCAGCAAUCCAACUGAAAAUGUGGAUUAUUCUGCCAUGCUAGCUGAUUUCGGAUGGGAAAUUGCAAAGCCAGAACCAACUCAAUUACAGAAAACAAUCCCAGCAGAGCUUCCUGUUCCACCUUCAGUGUUGAGACACCAAAACACACCAACAUUAGCUGUAUCGCAAGCAGGAAAGAACUUCAACAACUGGAGACUAGAGGAGAAAAACAACACUUGGAAAAGAAACAACUUCCCAGCUUUGGGCAGUGGAACAGACAACAGGAAGGGUUCACAGCUUGACAACAGUCCAGAGUAUUUGAUGGGGACUGGAUCAAAGCAACAGAAAUCAUCUGGCUAUUCACAGGGUAGCAAGGCAGGAGGAGCAGAACAAAGCUAUCCAGCCACAGCCCAAUGGCCAGCUGGAAGGAACGCAGUGCUGAGGGGCCCACAGGGUCAGAGUACAUCGUAUACAUUUAAACCCAGCCCUUUACAACAAAAAGUUAACGAGAAAAAAGCUGAUUGUGCUCAAGAUGUCAAAAUGGUUCAGAAAGGGCCAGCGGCGUAUCAAGCCAAACUGCAGGAAAAAGACAAUUCUCUCAGAAUUAUAUCUGUCGUCAUUGAAAGUAUGAAACACUGGAGUCAGUAUACGAAUAAAGUGCCACUGUUAUUUGAGGUCUUGGGCGUCCUGGAUUCUGCAGUCACCCCUGGGCAGUAUGGGGCCAAGACUUUCCUGUUGAGAGACGGGAAGGAGAGCGUGUCAUGUGUAUUCUAUGAGAUUGACCGGGAGCUGCCAAGGUUAAUCAGAGGUCGAGUCCACAGAUGCAUGGGAAACUAUGACACAAAGCGCAAAGUCUUCAAAUGCGUCUCCGUCAGACCUGCAACGGUUCCGGAGCAACAAACUUUCCAGAAUUUUGUCAAAAUUGCAGACGCUGAGAUGAGCAAAUGUGUCAAAACAAGCAACGAAGUUUAA